AUGGACAUCGCGGGGCCUUUCCCUAUGGCAACCGGUCAGCGAAAGUUUCUACUAGUGGCGGUGGACUACUUCUCAAAGUGGGUAGAGGUCGAGCCGUUUGCAAGAAUCACCGAGUGGAUGGUCACUAAAUUUAUUUGGCAGAACAUUAUCUGCCGGUUCGAAAUCCCGCGCCGACUAGUGUUCGACAAUGGGAGGCAGUUCGUCGGUCGAGAGCUCAGAGAAUGGUGUGAAGGCUAUGGCAUCCAAAAAUCCUUCACCUCGGUGGCUUACUCUCGAGGCAAUGGGCAAGUGAAAGUUGUCAAUCGGGAUAUCCUCAGAGUCUUGCGCACUCAGCUCGACCACAUGGGAGGGAAAAGUUUGAAUAAAAAAGCAAAGGCCUCUUUAAGUGCAUCUCCAUCGACGGUUAAGCGGCGACCUUAA